UCGCUUUGGCUACUGGAAAUAUUUGGGUCUUCACGCAGACGAGAUCGUAGGAUUCGUUUCAGCGAGAUGUUUGUGCAACCAUCUGUGUUCAGUCAUUUCUCUCUGGAGGAGAUUGCCGAGAGACAGUAUUCUCUAACUUAUUUCAAUGAGCGAGGAUCUGCAGAAUAUAAAAUCAUAAGCCUCGUUCCGCGUUCAAAUGGCUCAGCGUUCAAGAUGAAGGUGAUUGAAGAUAAGGGUAGUCUUCUGAACUGGUUCCCGACCUUUGAUUACAAGGUCAUCCCGGCACAGCGAUCCAAGUUGGUCAACGCGACAUCCAGCGAGGAAUUAUGGUGCGUAGGGCGAUGCGAGUCCCGUGGUGCCUUAUUUAGUAUGCACAAAGGCUACAGGGCUGAAAAGUCGAUUCCUGAAACGCGGUUUAAGGAUGUGACCCAGAUUUAUGAAUUCAGGCUUCGAGGCCAACCACAUUUUGUACUAUCCAGCUUUCAAGAGUCAUGGGUAAUUGCGUUCACCAACGAUGAUGACUCUGGGGAUGUCACAGAAUUGUCUCAAUUUAGGACUAACCAGCGCACUAUUUAUUUUGGGAUGCUACCAGACGGCAGGUUCAUUCAAAUCUUCGAACAUGGGUGGCGAGUUGGCACAUUUCAAUCUAGCGAUUUUUUGACCACCAACGUUCACGAAAGAAUAAUAUUGAGCGCCCUCUGGGGAAAUAUAGUGGUUUUGGCUUACGAAUAUGGUGAUGAAAUGAUACAGGUUAACAUUGAAGCAUUCACUAUGUCAGGAAAGUCUAUAACCGUUAGCCCAGGAAUUAUUGGGAUCCAGCCAUCUUUUUUGAAGUUUGUCACUAGGCACAAACAGCCAUACUUGGCAAUCGGAACUUACGCAAAUAAGAUCCACUUUUAUCAUCUUGAGGACCAUCGGCUACUGCUCUCUGACACACUAGACCUCUCGAGUCAAAUUAAUGAAUUUGUGACUCCUCACGAUAUAAUUUGCACAGAGCGCCACUCUCUCAUGACAUCGAAGGAUGGAAGUCUUUUACUAUACGAGGACGAGAAACCACUUGCUUUGUUAAAGAUUGGCGAGAUACCGGCCAGCCUUCUCCAACAUAGCGAAAGCGAAUUUUUUAUCGUCACUAAAACUUUGUGGAAACUUGACUUGACUAAAUCAUGCUAUCCGGAGAGAAUAUGGGUUGCAGAAACUGUUGAUAGAGGAUGUCACGCUGCAGUGUUGGUUCCAAUGGCACACGACGAUUUGCUUUCAAAGUACGAAGAAGAUCAGCUUCUUGCUGUUCGAGAUGAUGGCCUAUGCAGUCUGUUUGUGUCUCGCACAAUAGACUGGAGCAUCAAAAAAAUCACUCUUGGCUCCACACCAUUAAGAAUGAUGUACUACGAGUACCAUAACGUUUUUGUCGUGCUGGUAGCUGGCCCAGAAAAACUGCUGUUUAUUGAUCACAAGACCAGAAAAGUGCUUGCAACAGACCAGGAAGAACAAGUUUUGGCCGACCACGAGCAGCCUUUAUCGAUAUCCGAAUGGCAUGUGAAGUCUCGUAGGGUGGAAGAAUACACGCAUAAGCAUCUGCUCGUUGGAUGCAUUGAUCAAAGAGAUGGCUCGGGGCUUGUCAAAAUCAUUGAACUCAAAAAAGUCAAAGACGCCGUCUUACUUAAGGUCUUGUACUCAUGGACCCAAUCGUCGCCAGUUGCUGCGGUUGCACAACUUCCAGACUCCGUCAUUAUUUAUUCAGAUCGCAAUUCUGUGCGCCUUAGAAAAUACAAGCCUUUGGAAAGCAAGCUCAGCGAUACCUUUGGCCAACAGUCAUUUCCAUCCGAAGUCAAAGAGAUUAAUUGCGUUGGUACCCAUGUCGCUGUAGUGACCGCCAAAGACUCAGUGUAUACUUAUCAUUAUCUUCAGGAACCAAAUGGGUCUCUUUCGCCUCAUUUAAGCGAUCCUGUCAGUCGGGAUCUCAUGGGUCACUGCAUUAUACGGGAUUCGUUUAUCGUUGCUGCAGACAGGCAACAGCAGACCAUAUUGGUGAUUCCAAAUAACACAGACUAUUACGCGAGCCUUACAACACAAGAAGCUCUUGAGUGGAAAACGCCAUUUAUUCCACGACUACAUGAGUGCGAGUUCCAGCCGUUAUGGAGUGUUCGCCAAACAAACACCAAAUUUCUGGCCAUGGGACUCAAUGGAGAAAUUCGGAUGUACUACGAAAUCACGGAAAAUACAUUCGAUAAGAUAUGCAGACUCAAGGCCAAACAAGCGCAGAAGAAUAAAGAGCAACUGCCAUUGCUAUUAAGUGACAUUCCAUCGCUAUACCCAGAAAAUUCUCCGAUUGUCAAUGUGGACUCGAUUACUGAUAAAUAUGGGGAGAUAGGUGACUUCGAACUCGACACAUUGCUUCAUAGCACCAUAAUAUGAACACAACCUAGUUUUCAACCUCUUUUUUGAUUUUGUCCAGAAGAUCAUUGAUUCUAGGAGCCAUCAGAGGUUGUCCUGUUCUUGUCUUCGCGUUCUUUAGUUCCUUUGUUUUUUG